AUAUAUGACAGUGUCUGUGUCUUUGUGAAUGCCCUUUAAAAUUACGUAAAAUUGGCACCUUCUUUUAUAGAUUUUUCUAUCUUUUAGUUCUAAGUGUAAUUGCGUAUAAUAGUCUCAUAAUAUCCCACAGGCUUGGUUGUUGAUUAAUGUGGUAAUAUUGUAAGAUGCAGGCUAUCAAAGCUUUGGGAGCUACUGCUCCUUCAACGCUUUUGUCUGUCGUCAAGAAAGGAGGUUUUGCGCCUAUCGUUGACCAGAUAAGGCAAACACAUUUGCCUGUACCCAACCCAAAUGAAACUCGACCAUACUCGCCUUUUCAAGAUGCUAGUAACAUGGCUGAGAUGGCAGUGACUAGGUUGGACGACUUGUUGAAUUGGGGAAGAAAGAACUCAAUGUGGCCCAUGACUUUCGGAUUGGCUUGUUGUGCCGUCGAGAUGAUGCACAUUGCUGCUCCUCGUUACGACAUGGACAGGUAUGGUGUGGUGUUCCGUGCUUCUCCUCGACAGGCUGAUGUGAUGAUUGUAGCUGGAACAUUGACAAAUAAAAUGGCACCAGCUCUAAGGAAAGUGUAUGAUCAAAUGCCUGACCCUCGAUGGGUCAUUUCUAUGGGAAGCUGUGCAAAUGGCGGUGGUUACUACCAUUAUUCUUACUCAGUUGUAAGGGGUUGUGACCGUAUUGUACCUGUUGACAUCUAUGUCCCUGGAUGUCCACCAACAGCUGAAGCUUUGUUAUAUGGAGUUCUUCAAUUACAGAAGAAAGUAAAACGUAUGAAAUCUCUUCAAGUAUGGUACAGGAAGUAAAUGAACAAACAAUUGUAGAUGAUUUUAUAAUUAUGUAAAUUAAACCCUCUGUUGCAGUAAUAAAUGCUAUUAUAGUUCAAGCA